AUGAACAAAGAAAAUGAGGGUUAUGGAGAAUUAUCAGAUGAACAAAGGGCUCGGAUUUCUCGAAACUUCAGAGCCGCCAAAGCUUUACUCCAUCGAAAGCGUUGUCGCGAUACUUCCGAUUCAUUUCCUCAAAAAAAUGGGACUAGACCAUCUGGUGUUGGAAGUGUUACUAGAGUCCCGUUUUCAGAUAUUUCGUCAAAUACUUCUAAUGUGGUUGCUGGAAGUGUUAAUAGAAUGCCACUUUCAGACAUUUCAUCCAACACUCCGCUUUCAGUUAGAAAUUGUACAAAGGUUUUGCACAAUGAGAAUGGAAUCUCUCAUAGUUCAUUUAAAACUCCAGAAAAACAGUUAGGUUAUAGUGGGAACUCAUGUUUGAGUAAAGUUUCUGUAAGCAGUAUUGACUUAAGUUCUGGUGUCGAGGCUCUGGAUGAGAUAGAACCUAGUUUGGAUUCGUUCAAGACUCCAACCAAGCUGUUAGAUUUUACUGUAAGUAGUGAAGUUGAAAAAAAGGAUUUUUGUGAUAAUUUUAAUGGUGAUAUGAGCAUGGGUGCCUUAAUGGAAAAUGAUGUUGGUUCAUCAGCAUUUGUAACUCCGAUCAGACAACAGUCUUGUUCUAGUGUUAACGAGCCUUUGACAGUGAUGCCAACCAUUUUCUAUGAAGAGUUUGAUGAUGCCAUUUUAGCCGAAAUUGAUGAAAUAUGCGAGUCUGGGAUAAAGUCAAAUAUGACAGUUGAGGAGUCUAGCCGUGACAUUAUGUUGAAGAGUGUGCAUACUAAAAUGAAUAGUUCUGAAUUUAGAAGUGAUUUGGGUCCUGCUGUUUUGGAUAACAUACAAACUGAUAAUAGUACGGAUGGAAGUAGUGGCAAUGAAUCUGGGAAACAAGAGUCUGGGAGUUCUGAGGAUUCGGAAAUCGGAGGCAUGCCUGAUGAGUACGCAAAAUAUAUGCAGUCUUUAAAUGAUAGACAACGUGAAGCAGCCUGCAGUGACAUUACAAUGCCUUUGAUGAUUGUUGCAGGUCCCGGAAGUGGUAAGACGUCUACCAUGGUCGGCCGAGUUUUAAUGCUUCUUCAUAAGGGCAUUCAAGCAUCCCACAUAUUGGCUAUGACUUUCACCACUGCUGCCGCUUCAGAAAUGCGAGACAGAAUCGGAGCAGUGGCUGGAAAGGCAGUAGCAAAGGAACUCAUGAUCAGCACCUUCCAUUCAUUCUCAUUGCAAUUCUGUCGUUUACAUGCUGAGAAGGUAGGCCGUACACCAGACUUUUUGCUAUAUGGUCAAGGACAACAAAGGAAGGCGGUCGUUGAAGCAGUGCGGCUCACUGAAAGUGGAAAGAAACUAUCGACAUCGGAUUCUGACAAACUCUCUGAGGUCUCUAAUGUCUCUAAAAAUGGCCCAGAAGACUUUAGAGAGAAGUCAAAGAAGUGGUUAAAAUUUGUGGCACAAGCUAAAUCUUCUGGGAAAACCUCUAAAGAUUACCAGAGGUUGGGAAAUGAGAUUGGAGCUGCAAUUCUUAGGAAAUACGAGGACAUACUUGCAUCAUGUAAUGCGUUGGAUUAUCACGACUUAAUUAGCUGCUCUGUCAAGCUGCUUAGCGAAUUUCCCGAAGUGUCUAAGGAGUGUCAGGAGACAUGGCAAGCAAUUGUAAUAGAUGAAUUCCAAGACACAAGUACUAUGCAAUACGAUUUAUUGCGAACUCUUGCAUCACAUAAGCGCAUAACAAUUGUUGGAGACGAGGACCAGUCAAUCUUCAGUUUCAAUGGUGCAGACGUUAGUGGAUUUAAGUCAUUUCGCAGAGAUUUGCAGCCUCACAAGGAGAUCAGAUUAAAUAAAAACUAUCGUUCUACCCGUUGUAUUGUUGAGGCUGCAUCGUUCCUUAUACGAAAUAAUUCAAAACGAUGUCAGUCAAGCAAGGUUCUUACUGACAAUUCUUCUGGUUCCAAGAUUACUGUCAAAGAAUGUUAUAACGAGGACGCACAGUGUUCAUUUGUUGUUGAUAAGAUACUAGAACUCACAUCUUUGAGUUCAUCUGUCAAAGGCACGUUUGGAGAGAUUGCUAUUCUUUACCGGAGACAGGUGUCGGGUAAGACAUUUCAAACAGCCUUCCGUGAUAGAAAAAUCCCGUUUAAUGUUCAUGGAGUCGCUUUUUACAGGAAAAAGGUAGUUAGGGUCAUCAUAUCUAUGCUCAGAACAACAUUGGCGGUGUGUGAUGAUGGGUCAUUUAGGCGAGUGUUUAAGGCCCUCCUGCUUCUAGAGAAAGACGAAAUAAAGAGGAUAAUUGAGCAUAUUAAUAAAAUCUCAUCUGUAAGAAAAUGCAGCUUCAUAUCUGCUGCUUCCGAUAUAUUUGGUGCAAAGAUCUCCGGUACCUUUAAAAGGAGUCAUCUCACCCAAGGACGUAAGGUUUUGGGUACUCUGGACAUUAUUUCAAAUCUUGUUCACAGGGAACAAUCCAUUUCAGCCGUCAUCACAUCAGUGGCAAACAUGAUACCUCAGAAGUACCUUCUUGAACAACGGGCUGUUCUUGAUGUUGACGGAGGGAAGUUGCUAAACGAAGAACAUGAUCUUAGAUCGGUUCUUCAAUAUCUACUGGAUGAUGCCUCUGAUUUUUUAAAAUCCUACAACUUUGAUAUAGAUGAGAAUAAUAAAGACACGGCAGAAAAAGGGUGUGUAAUUAUACUUAAAGAGUUCAUAGAUUUUAUUACUGAAAGAGAAACAGAAAAUUUUCGUGUGAGGCGGCAUGAUAAUAGUCAUGCUGUUACUCUUACAACCAUUCAUCAGUCCAAAGGAUUAGAGUGGGACACUGUCUUCAUUGUAAAGGCAAAUGAAAAUGAGAUCCCCCUUUUGCAUGAAUUUAAUGGCGUCACGAAAGAAACCUGUGCCUCUGUUGAGGAGGAACGCCGCUUGCUAUAUGUGGCAUUAACUCGUGCAAGGAAAAAACUUUUUAUUCUAUAUGUCACUAUGGAUUCACAUUGGCAGGUUCUGCAACCUUCACGUUUCUUAAACGAGAUUCCAAGGCAUCUUCUUGAAAUCCAGGAUGAGCUGGGUUCAGGGUAUUUGCAAGCAGAGCAACAGGAACUUCUAAAUAAAACUUCAUGUCUUAAUGAUUACCGGAAAGCCACAAAACAUGCUAUGAUAAUAACAGAAACAGAUGAAACUUUCAACAAUAUACCUGGUGAUGAUUCCAAAGAUCCAUAUGAAACUAUCUUGCCAUGCAAUGGGAAUGAUUUCUUGAAAAGAUUUAGUAGCGAAGAACGAGCAACUGUAUCCCAUUUAUUUAAUCAUUGGGCGAAGAAGGCAGCUUUCAAGGAACCAAAGAGGUUGCUUGAUAAGGUUGCCUUUGUUAUUGAUGAAAGGCUUAGAGCAAAAAAAACUGCUCAAAAGGACGUUCUUCGGACUCUGAAGUCAUGCUUGAAGAGCAACGAAGCAUUUCAGUAUGCUGAAAAUGUUCUACAGUGGUUAAGAAUUCCUGCAGACAAGCGUGCGUUUAUUACAAAGGAAAAGCAGGAACAUUUCCAAAAGUUAAGGAUUGAAAGCGCCAUGGGUUCAUCCUCAGCUACAUCUAAGCAGAUUGCAUACUUACAAAGUCUAGGAUGCACUACCAUUCCAGAUUCACGGCUUCAUGCAUCCCGUUUGAUUGAACAGUACAAGAAAUUAUAGCAUGAUUUCUACCAUCAAGGGAAGAAGCAUGUUUUGUAUAGCAAUGUUGGGUUAAACAUCAUUUUAAACUUAACGGUAUCUUAAGAAACUGUGUUUCUUCAGAUUGUGGUAGCAACAUUAGGGAUAUUAUGUAUAUUAUUAGCAUGGUGGAGAUGACUUGUGUUUGUUUUUAACUUUUUAUCUGCUAUACACACCAACUCUUAACUCAACAGUUGGAUACUAAAAUAAUAUUAACUUGUUU